AUGGCAGACACCAAAGUAGAUAUUCCAGGUGGAUAUCCAAUAACUCCUCAAUUAGAAAACCCAGAAUAUUAUUCUACGCAAGAUAUUUGUCUACCAACUGAUCAAACAAUCAAGAAAACAAUGACUAGUGCAAAUCAAGAAUUACCAGAUCAUAAUCUUGAGGCUACUAAAAUUCGUAAAAUCAAACCACAUAUUCUAGAUCAAUUUACACAAUCUCCCGAGGAAAAAAAAGAGAAUACAUUUGAUGAAGCUGCCCAGGGUGAAAUUGAUAAAUCUCAUACUAUCAAACCACAUAAUCUUAAUGAAACUGCAGAUGAAGAAGUUGAAAAGAAAUCUUUAAUACCUCAAGACCCACAUACGGAAAUUCAACAGGUAUCUGACACCAGUCAUAGAGAGGAGGAACGAUCCGCUGAGCAACAACAUCAACUUUCAACAAAUAAUAAUAUUAAUAAAAACGAAAACGAACCAACUUCUCCUGAUGUGACACAUCCCCGCGGAAUUGAACAAAGUGAGCAGCAAUUAUCACCGAAUAAUGAUAAUGAUUUGAAUAUAUUAUAUUUAUCAAAACUAUAUGGUUCAACAGAAAAUACUGAAGGUGCAAAACAGGGCGGGCAAAUACUUUCCAAAACGAAAGAUAAACUUAAUGCUACCAUUGGAACGAUAAAAAAGUCAGAACGUAGUUUAUCAGAAGAGUACAUAAAAUCCGGCGAACGUCAUCAAGAUCUUGAAACGGAAUCUGCUUAA